GAGAGGGAGGGAAUGUCAGGGAGGAGAGUGGAGGAGAGAGGGAGAGAGGCAGUUCCACAGGCAGACGAUAGAAGCGGAUUGAUCUCUCUCGCUCUUGCGCUGUAGUCGGUCCUGUCUACCGGGAGCUGCUCGAGCGUUUCCUGAUUUUUUUUCCACUCGAACCACCGCUAUUUCCCCGUUAGAGCUCGAGGCUUGUACCGUUUUCGUUAGUUUUGGGAAGGAGGGUUUUAUUAAAUCGCGUGUCGUCUGUCUGGGAACAUCGGCUAAACCUAGGGGCUACAGCUCAUCUGGAUCAGAACCUCACGACCAGAAGCACCAGGUCUCCGGUAAAACGAUGGAGGACCUGGACCUUCCCCAGAUGAAGAGAGAGGUGGAGAGUCUUCAGUACCAGCUGGCCAUCAACCGAGAGAAAUCCUCCAUCACUGUUACUGAGCUGGUGAAAUGGAUCGAGGGGUGUGUGUGUGAUGACCCGUUCCUGAACCCAGAGCUGAUGAGGGCCAACCCCUGGGUGGAGAAAGGCAAAUGUGUGAUCCUCUAACGGACGCACACACGGAUACACACACACACACACACACACCAAGUUAUCCCGUCCUAUUUAUUUGUACAUCCAUGUCUAUGGUUUUAGUUGAAAGUAGUCCCCUUCCUUCCUGUGAGCAGAAUGUCCUGCAUUGAAAGUAGUCCCCUUCCUUCCUGUGAGCAGAAUGUCCUGCAUUGAAAGUAGUCCCCUUCCUUCCUUUGAGCAGCAUGUCCUGCAUUGAAAGUAGCUUUGCUAAGAGCUUUGUUAAAAGAAACAGAAGUUUGUUGUUAACUAAAAUCACACUUUUUAUUGGCUGUUUCCACUGUCAAUCAGAAUACAAAUGUUUUUAUUGGCUGUUUCCACUGUCAAUCAGAAUACAAAUGUUUUAUUGGCUGUUUCCACUGUCAAUCAGAAUACAAAUGUUUUUAUUGGCUGUUUCCACUGUCAAUCAGAAUACAAAUGUUUUUAUUGGCUGUUUCCACUGUCAAUCAGAAUACAAAUGUUUUUAUUGGCUGUUUCCACUGUCAAUCAAACAUAAUAAAGAGGUGGUUUGACA